AUGGACCGGACUAUCUCCCCACCUAGGCCUACUGUUGAACAACUACGACAUGUCGUCAACAACUACCCUAUCAUCGACAACCACGCCCACAACCUCAUCUUACCUCACCAAGCCGAUACAAUUCCCUUUGAAACCAUAACCACGGAAGCGCAAGGAAGAGCUUUGCGAGACACCUUCAAAUCACUGCCCCAUUUACGAGCCGCCAAACAGCUGCGCCGACUUUACGAAUGUGGUGAGGACGCGGACUGGGAGGACAUCCUGGAACAGAGAGUUGAGUGGAUCCGGAGCAACUCCGAACGAUUGCAUCAACGAUGCUUCGAAAACGUGCACGCACUUCUCAUCGAUGAUGGACUCGCUGGGCUGGAGAAAGUCUUUCCUUACGAUUACCAUGAUAGGUAUACGCAGGCACCUAGUAAGCGGAUUGUGCGCAUCGAGACAGUCGCGGAGCGCUUGAUGGAGAAUCUUGUACGAGAUGCAUCAGAAGACGAUUUGGGCAAGACCAAGUUUCUACCACAGGUCUGGACGAACUUUACCGAAGACUUCGAGCGCGAGAUCCAAGAUGCGGUCGAAGACGAAAACGUUGCCGGGUUCAAAUCUGUCAUCUGUUACCGAACGGGUCUUGAUAUCGAACCGGAGUACGAAGAAGCUGCGAAGACAGUUGGACACCCUUUUGAACGUUACGUCAAGAGUUGCAUUCGCAAACGCAUCUACCGUAUCGAGAAGAAGCAUCUGAACGACUAUCUCGUGUUGCGCACACUGGAAAUCCUGUCCGAGCAAUUGCCACAUGGCGACUCUCUUGCGAAGCCAUUCCAGCUACAUACCGGCCUUGGUGACAAUGACAUCAGCCUCCUUGAGUCAAACCCAGCCUUCCUGCAGCCAUUGAUCGAGAACUACCCCCAGGUGCCCUUUGUACUCCUUCAUUCAGCGUAUCCAUAUACGCGCGAAGCGGGCUACCUAGCCACUGUAUAUCGACAUGUGUACCUGGACAUUGGCGAGGUCUUCCCAAUGCUGCUCAGCGAGUACAUCCAGAAAGGCGACAUCACCCCACACCAAGCUAUUGGCAUGACGAAAGACAUCAUGUUCAACAACUCCAACGUACUGUAUGAUCUGCGCUAUGAAGCUAUAUUUGAUGAGACAGUACAAGCAGAUCCAAAACAGCUUACUUAUAACCCAAAGCCUGCCGCGGCUUCACCUUAUCAGUCUCCAGCGGUGACGCCAGCACCCGCUAUGGGCAUUCCCAACCGAUUCUCAGCUUCUAACACGCCAGCCAGUCGGUCAGUCUCUCCGUACACGCAGUCGGCGUUCCCUCCGCCGCCAAAGGUACCUCAUGUAUACGACGUCCAGUUGUUCGAAGACUUUAGAGAACGGAACCCUGCAGUGAAGUUCAUUUACGUGCAAUGGCUUGAUUACAUGGCCACGAUCCGUAGUCGCAUUGUUCCCAUCAAGGAGUUUACACGCAUGAUAGUCGAAGGGGAACGCAUCGGCAUAUCGCAGGGGAACACUGGUACUCUCCAGAACGAUCGCCUUACCCCAGUUGUGAACACCACGGGCCAAAUCUACAUCGAGCCGGAUCUACGUUCCCUCCGUGUAACCCACAACAAAGACCCCCUUCCAGCUGCAACAGUACUCAGCUACUGGCGCACAGAAGAUGGGUCUGCCCUUCCAGAAGACCCACGAAACAACCUGGAAACGCUAAUCAACGAGCUCCAAUACAACUACGCGACAUCCCUUCUCAUCGGCUUCGAAAUAGAAGUUACAUUCCUCUCGCGAAACCCCCCUUCCACUUCCACCAACCCUUUCCAGACUGAGCCCUACUCCCCUUUGACCAAAACCCACGCAUGGGGUACCCUUACACCAGAACAAUGGCUGCAACUCCCCUUCCUCAGCGAAAUUGUCCUCGCGCUUGAGGAAAUGGGCAUCGAAGUGCAACAAUUCCAUGCUGAAUCCGGACCGGGACAGUACGAAUUCGUACUUCCGCCUCAUCCUCCUCUCCUCGCUAUCGACACGCUCAUCCAGGCCAGACAGGUCAUUGCUCAGAUAGCUAGUCUGCAUGAACUGCGCGCCACGCUGCAUCCUAAGCCUUUCGAGGGUAUGGGCACAGCCGCCCACGCGCAUGUUAGUUUGCACCCGCCAGAGAGGGACAUGCAGUUCUUCGUCGGGGGCGUGUUGAAGCAUCUCCCUGCUAUCUGCGCGUUCACCAUGCCGGAGGAGGCUAGCUAUGGACGUGUAGCAGACAACUCUUGGACAGGCGGAUCAUGGGUAGCAUGGGGCACCCAAAACCGCGAAACACCACUCCGACGCAUCUCCCCCGGCCGCUGGGAACUCCGCUGCAUCGACGGUCUCGCAAACAUGUAUUUCGCCCUUUCUGCCGUUCUCGCCGCCGGCCUCCUCGGUCUCGCUGCAAACGACCUCAUCUUCCCGGAACAGGACGUCCAGACCAAUCCUGCGGCCAUGGACGAGCAGAUGCGCGCUGCGGUUGGUAUGACGCAGAAAAUGCCUAGAAGCAUGAAGGAGGCUGUGGAGGCGCUGAGAGAGGACGGCCCGCUUAAUGAGGCGUUGGAUCAGAAGUUUGUGGGGGCGUAUCUGGAGAUGAAGCGGGAGGAGGCGAAGAUGUUGGGGGAGAUGGGGGAAAUUGAGCGGAGGGCGUUUCUGGUGGAGAGAUAUUGA